AAUUUUUUUAAAUUUUGAAUCUUUUGAAUUCAACAAAAUCAAAAAUCAAAUCAAAAAUGAAGUUCUUCAUUGUGCUAAUUUCUGCUGUUUCGAUUGUAAGCGCCGGUGGUUAUGGAUCAAAAGGUUCAAGUAGUGGUGGUGGUGGCUAUGGAGGUGGUAGUUCUCUUGGUGGUGGCGGCGGCGGUUAUGGUGGAGGCUUAGGUGGCUUUGGUGGUGGACGAGGUGGCGGUGGCGGUGGUGGCUUUGCUGGUGGCAUUAUUCCAGCUGCUAUACAAACAACACAUAAUAUUGAAUUUCGUGAAGUUCCAAGUACCGGUUCUGUUCAACCUGCCGUUAUUGAAGUUGGAUCACAAUCACUUCCAGUUAUGAUUCUUUUCCGUUCAAGUUCAUCAACAUUGAAUGUACAACAGAUGCAUGAUUCGGCACAAGGAAGUGUACAAGAAUCAUCUAGCGAAGAUGAACCACAUCGAUUGAUUCAUUCGGUUACCAAACCAAUCAUCCAGGAAGUUCAUGAAGUCAUCACUCCAUUCAGAAAGAUCACUCAAGAAAUUCAACCAGUUCAAGAAGAAAUCAACACUAUCAUUGCACGAAACCAAGGUGGUGCAGUUGGUGGAGGCGCUGGUCUUGGAUUUGGCGGCGGAGCUGGUGGCGGCUUUGGUUUCGGAGGUGGUUCAUCUGGUCUUGGUCUUGGUGGUGGUUCCACUGGCCUUGGUGGUGGCUACAGUAUUGGUGGAACAAAAUCAUCAGGUGGACUUGGGGGCAGUCUUGGUAAAUCUACAAAAUCAUCCGGAUAUGCUGCUGCUGCAGCUGUACAAAGUAAACAUGAAAUACAAUUUCGUGAUUAUCCAACUACCGGUAAUGUUGUACCGACAACUGUUGAAGUUGGUGCUGUUUCGAUACCGUUAAAUAUUUUAUUUAAAUCAGCUUCAAGUAGUCUUCGUAUUCAACAAGCACAUGAAGGAUCUGAGGGUUCAGUACAGGAAACAGCAAGUGAAGAUGAACCUCAUCGUUUGGUACAUUCGGUAAAGAAACCAAUCAUACAAGAAGUUCAUGAAGUAAUAACACCAUUCCGAAAGAUUACGCAAGAAAUUCAUCCUGUACAGGAACAUAUUGUUACCGUAAUUGCUAGAGGAAGUGAACAACAAAAACAACAAGAAGGUGAAAAUAGUGGCAAUUCAAUUGAAAAUGCAAAUAAUGAAUUUAUGGAAAAAAUUUAUGAAAAAGUACAACAACCGAUUGGUUUGACGAAUAAACAAAGUAGUUCAUCAUAUGGCUCAUCACAAACAAAUAUUCAUGGCAGUGCAGGCGAUACUGGAACAGGUGUAUCGCUAUCGAAAGCGACAACCAAAGGUGGUUAUUGAUUGAUUGGUCGAUCG